CCUGUGCUAGCAAAACUAGAAUUCAAAACCAGUCUCAGACACGUACCAGCUGUGUGAUCUUAGGCAAGUUACCCAGGUUCUGUCAGACUCAGUUUCCACACCUGUAAAACAGGAAUAAUACAUGUACUUGCCUCCAAGGAUCGUUUAACAAAUCCAAGAUAGCAUGUACAAAGUGCUUCAUGAAAUGCCAGCCACUGUUAUAAUGAACAUAUACAAAGAAAAGCCAAUUCCACAGGCACAUCUAUAAAGAACCACGUCUAUGCUUUGUCCUGGCUCUCCCGCUUCCCCCAGUUGAGCUUUUCUGGAAUAGGUCAGACCCUCGGGGAUCUCUAAAUGCCAUUUUUUUUUUUGCUUUGCUUUUGGGAGGCAGAAACUUUCAACUGAGGCCGAGUCAGCUGGGUGUGAGUAGGAGCAGCCAUGCAGCAAAGAGCUGGCCGCUGGGCUCCAGAGAGUCACUGCUGAGCCUCCAGAACGGUGGUGUUGGCCGUGCUCAAACCAAGGCGGCCGCCAUGUCUGAGCCUCCAGGAAGGUAACUGACUGGAGAGCGGGCUCCCUCCGCAGCUCCCUUCAUGGAGAUUUGGCCCAGAGUGCCAAAGGAGAAAUGCAGCCAGAGGCGGGGAAGGCUGAAGAGGGGCAGAGGGCCCUCUGGCCAGGGGAUGCCUCAAGACCCAGAGUUCAAGGGGUUUGGCUCUCCCUAGCGUGGGCCUGGGUGAGGACUGCCAAGGGCUCGGAGCCUCUGCCCUCCCCUGGAAGACCGACCUCCGCUGGCCCAGUACUGCCCUGGGGCAGCUUCCUUCGGCCAGGAUUCCAGGGAGUACAGGAGUCGGUCUGCCCCCCGGCUGGCUCUCCUCUGGAGCCAUGGAAUGACAAUCGCACUUCUGGUGGACUGUCAAGUUUGCAAAGUGGCUGGACUCCGUGGCGCGACAGCCCAGCCCCGGGGCCCUGCAAGCCCUCCUGCUGCCUCCACUGGACACGUCCAGGUUUUCGCUGCCAGCAGGCGGCUCUUGCUGACUCCAAGGCUGCCUCUAGCCAUUGCGAGGCCCUGGGCCCGGGCACGUAUCCAGCGAGAAUUCUCUUGCGAGGACCCAUCCGUCCUAAGGUCACAAUCUCGGAGAUGGAACAAUGAAACGCUGAUCAAGGGUUUCCUGUGACCUUGGGGCUCUGCUGGCCACACCCCCAUCAGAGCCCUUAAAAGAGCUGAGAGGGUGCAGAGCGCAAAUGACCCAUCCAAGGGCACAUCAUCCCUUCUGCGGUCCCCUCCCCCUCCAUAGCUAGCGGCAACCAUGACGCAGGAGGUUUCAGCCAUGGACUCCCUUUCAACCACCGCCACAGGGCUGGUGCCCGGCUUUCUGGAGAGCUUUUCCACGCCCUCCUCCAACACAGCUCCCACGCUCACCCCGCAAGACCAGGAACAGGAAGUCAACCCGUUCUUGUCCCUUAUCUCGCCAUGCUGGAGCUCGGUGCCUCGCGCGUGGCGCCGCGGGCUCCGGACCCCCACAGUGUUCUCCCUACCGCGCGUAGCAACGACGGAGAGCGUAGAAGAGGUCAAGCCGUCCGAGGACGAGCUGUCCCGGGAGAGGAGCCUGAAGGCCAUAGAAGAUCAGAAGAGACUCUGUGGCCGGAGGAGGGAUACGGAAGUUUUGGAGCUGUUCCUUACCCGAAAGAAGUUAACGGACGUUGUUGACCUAGCGAGGUUCCAGAGGUUGAGGCACCUAUGGCUCUCUUUCAACCAGCUCUGCAACAUUGCGUUUUUGCUACGAAAUCAUUGUCUGUCAGAACUUUACCUGGACCACAACAACCUGUACCAGAUAGAAGGCCUGAGACAUUUGGUCUCCCUGAAGAUCCUCAUGCUUCACAACAACCAGCUGAAGAAUCUGGAGUCGGUUGUGGAUGAACUGAAGCUGUUAACUGGCCUGAAGACGAUAAAUCUGUACCGGAAUCCUAUGUCCCAGGAUGCAAAGUACUACCGAUUGUACACAAUUUUUCGUCUUCCAAGUGUGUGGCUACUUGACAGGAAAGAAAUUACACUGAAGGAAAGAAAACAAGCCUAUCAAAUAUACAACAACGAAAGGUUUCGGGUCUAUCAGACAAUCGCGUUUCGAGAGAGAGUAGAUACAUUUUUGCGGCCUCAUAUCCCCCAGAAGUGCAGAUCGACAGUGCCUAGAGAAAACGUCUGUUCUAAUCAGUUGAACAAGAAUUUGUUUCACAAUAAAGAAGAUUCUGUUUUUGUGCGGGCAAUGAAGAGAUCUUCUACCCAGUUUACCAUGUUGAAUUGGAACAGCAUCCCCACCCGAGUGGAGAGGCAUUCUGACAGUGAAGCCAAGAGAACCAUGGACAGGAUGACUAUCUGGAUUAGAUAAUAGCUGGACUCUUUCCUCAGAGCUUGGGAGCUGGGGGUUUGGGCCAGCUUCUCCAGAGCUUCAGAGAGAGAUUGUGUUUAUUAUGAUAGUAUUUAAGGACUUUAAUGGAAAUUGUAUCUACAAUGAAAAA